AUGGCGCUCGUGUGGAGCUCCGGGUCGCUCCUCGAGCGCGAGGGGUGCGCCGCCUUCCCGUGGGCGCACAACGGCGAGCAAGACGAGGAGUACGCGGCGGUGCACGGCGUGCUGUACAACGCCACCUCCGACGAGGGCCUCAAGGAGGACAUCGAGGACAAGAGCAACCCCAAGAAGGAGGGCUGCGAUGACGGCGGCGACGGGAGGCCGGGCGCGUGUCCGCUCGGCGAGACGGUGGACCGCCGCUCGACCAAGGACGGCGCCUCGGCGGAGGCGCUCGCGUUGGGCGUGGCGUGCGGCCGGAUGAUCGCAGUCACGGCGACGGAGAAGGGCGGCAUCGCGUUUGUCUUUGACGUCUCCGACCCGGGCUCGCCCGCGUCGCGGCACGCCAACCCGACCGUGGCGUACGCCUAUGGCUACCUCGGCGACAUCGACUCGGAGACCAUCCUUUUCCUCGACGCGUCGCACUCGCCGACGGGCGCCGCCGCGGUCAUGUUUGCGGGCGCGUGGUCGGGAACCAUCUCCCUGUACGACCUCCGCAUGGCAGACGGCUCCCGCUGCACGUCGCUCGUCGGGCCGACGGCGCAGGGCGACGCGCGCGGCGACGGAUCGCUCGGCGCGGUUGGCAAGCCCAGUCCGCAUCCCUCGCCGACCGCGGCGCCAGUGCCGGCGCCCCCGGUGGUGGCAGCGCCGCCGACAAGCUCGCCUGGCAUAGAAGCGCCGUUUGCCUUUGGCGCCGCUGCAGUCGUCCUUCUGGUCUGUGCCGCGUACGGUUGCGGCACUUUCCUCGGGCUCGGGUGCCUGCCCCAGAGUCGGGCGUGGACGAGGAUGGAGGAGCCCGUCCGCCCAGAGAUUCUCCAGCCCGCCAAGUGAGCGCGAACUUCCGGGCGGCACAACCGACGCCCCAAUGGCAGCAAUGAUCUCAGUAGCACGUACAGUACCGGGGACUGACGUAUCGAAAGGGUGUUCCUGUCAUCCUGUGUAGAGUGUAGUUCGCGGCACUUGAUUGAGAUACAGUACGCGGCACGC